AUGUCUUCCUCCAUGCCAAUGACUACUACUACUACUACUACUACUACUACUACUACUACUACUACUACUACACAAAACGAUACAGCAGACAUGAGCUCAUCGUCUGAUGCAACGGACGAAGCCAGCUAUUCCAAUGCCUCUCAAGUACAGACAAUGACAGAGACGCCAGUGUCCAAAUCUACAACAACAGCAGAGGCAACAUCAGAGCCACCCCUAACCACAGCCACAGACAUAGAGGCAACUGCUACUGCAACUACGGAAGAUCAAAUUGACCCAACCAUCCAAGUGCAUACGACAGCAGAAGCUCCCAUGACGCUUGAAGCCACACGGACUACACAGGACACUCAGACAUACACCGAAGCACCUGCUCCUUAUAACAAUAGCAAUGAUCCACCAGAUAGCCAGCGUAAAACAGAUACACAGCAGAGCAUGGCAUCGAAUCCAACAUUGACACUGACCGAAACAUCAAUUGCCUCUCUUUCUCCUACUCUUGUUGUUAUCACUAGAACAUCUGGUGUUAAUACCGUUCUAUCGACACCCACCUGUAUACCAGGCAGUACAGCAACAACGAGUAACGUGUGUAGUAGCAGUUCAUCAGCAUCAUCUCAAGAAGCAAACGCUGCUAAAAUAACAGUAGCUCAAAUAGCAGGCAUUGUGGUAGGCGUGUUGGGUUUGUUUAGUUUCUUGGCAGCAUGCAUUCUGAUCAAGAAACGCAAGCACAGGAAGACAAGCAAUAACAGAAGGAUUUCUCCCUUUUUCUAUAUGAACGACCAACAUCCAGAUCCAGAAAAGAACCUACAGUUCGAUACGAGCUCAGCAGCCUUGUGUCAAUCAUAUAAAAACGAGCAACCUCAAGCUGCCACCAACAGCAGUGUCAGUGAUAUGAGUGAAAGUGUGUGCGGUGAUAACGUAUUCUACAGCAACAGUACAGACUAUCAUCGCAGUAGCGUCACCAUGCAUCAGCAGGGCAUAAAUGAAACGUUGACAGUAAUCACGAAUCCUGGUAAAUCGUGCCAUGCUGCUGGGUAUGCCUCCUCACCUUUGAGAAUGGAUGCCAGUGUUGCUGAUACGCCUACCACAUUGUAUCCUCAUAUGAAACGUAGUGAUAGCAGUGAUUUCAGCAAGCAGACUUCCAGCUACAACCCCUUUUCCAAUCGACAACAAAACGACAAGAGGACAUCCAUAGACAUUGAUACAGAUAACUAUACGUUAUCAGCCAUGCAACUAUUUCAAUCCACCUCCAACAGAAACACUGCUACAACCACUACGACAUCCAGAUCCAUGUCUCUCAUGAGCUCCUUUGUCAGUGCUUCUCAACAGCAAUACAGACCCUCGUUGCAUAGUUCCAUGUGUUUAGGCAGCCAUAGAAGUAGUAGCGGUAACAAUAGCAGCAGCGAUGAUUCCAAUACCAUUCCAUCUUUACCGAUGGCUCAGCAGCCUCCACCGAGGUUUUCACGCCAUCAUCGACAAGAGAGCUCACUUGACCCACAUUUCUACCAACAAUACCAACAACAGCAACAUCAACCUCACUCAAUGUCACUUUGGGAUGACCAUUUGAAUUAA